CCUUUUCGUAAUUCGGCGGCCUUCAGAAACCACCAAAAGAAUUUCUCAGAAACCAAACAGAAAUGGCACUUUCCACCUCUCUUACUUCUCUCUCUAAAACCACCAACAUCCCUCUUUCAACGAGAAAAUUCACAAGAGCAACAACAACAAGUGCAAUCUUCAAUCUCUUAUCCAACAAACCUAAUUUCAAUUUAACUUCAAUUUACAAACCACGCCUUUUUUCUCUUUUCACUUCAAAAAGACAAUCUUUAGACCCUAACCCUAAAAAUCCUAAUUUCCAAAAUUCAAGUAUCAAAUGCCUAUUCACUGGCAUUGUAGAAGAAAUGGGAGAAAUCAAGCACAUUGGCCCCACCAAUGACGGCGGCUUCGACCUUAAAAUUAGAGCAAAAACCGUUCUUGAUGGCGUCAAUCUCGGUGAUAGCAUUGCCGUUAAUGGGACUUGCUUAACAGUAACUAGUUUCACUGAUGGUGAGUUUACUGUUGGAUUAGCACCUGAAACGCUAAGGAAAACUUCUCUAAUAGAAUUAAAGUCUGGAUCUUUGGUUAAUUUGGAGCGGGCCGUGCAGCCCACGAGCCGAAUGGGCGGGCAUUUUGUGCAGGGUCACGUGGAUGGCACGGGGGAGAUAGUUGAGAAGGAGAUAGAAGGUGAUUCACUGUGGAUUAAGGUGAAAGUGGAUUCUGGGUUGUUGAGAUAUAUUGUGCCAAAAGGAUUUAUUGCUGUUGAUGGAACUAGUUUAACUGUUGUUGAUGUGUUUGAUAAAGAGGAUUGUUUUAAUUUUAUGCUUGUGGCUUAUACACAGCAGAAAGUUGUUAUACCUUUGAAAAAUGUCGGACAGAAAGUUAAUUUGGAGGUUGAUAUUUUGGGGAAGUAUGUCGAGAGGUUACUUAGUAGUGGGUUUGUUGAAUCCAUCAAGGCUUCUUAAUAUGAAGAAUUAGAAAGAUCCAUGAAUCUUUUCUUUUGGCUCGUGACAUUUAGCCUAGUUCUGGUUAUGCUAUCUCUAAAAUGAGGUUGAGCUUGAUGAUUGAUCUCUGAAAUGAAAUUGCGGAGUUGCAACAUCUUGAGCCAUUUGUGGAUAUCUAGGCUUAGAAUGCUCCUACAAUUUAAAGCACGAAUCACACCUGCAUAGAUCUUGUGAGGUCUCAAAUAGAAUCAGGAGGACAUCCUAGCUGGAUAUGGAUUUUUGUUGCGACUGGUUCUAAUCCCGAGAGGCAAGCAUAAGAAUAAUUUCAUAAUGAGCAACGUUACACCCCUCCUAUUUUUGUCACAACUCUUGCCUAGAAUCAGGAGUACAUCCUAGCUGGUUGUGGAUUUUGGUUGCUCACUGGUUCUAAUCCUGAGAGGCAAGCAUAAGAGCAGUUUCAUGACGAGUAAUGCUACAUAAUAUAUCUAUUUUUUACCUAUUUGAUGUGACAUAUAAUAUACUUGUAAAACUAUUUCUUAAUCUUAAAAAUAUUAAGGGAUGAUUUACUAAA